AACAGAAGCCUGGGUUCGGGAACAGCAAGCCACAUUUCCGGCAAACCUCAUCAAGCUCUCCGAGCAAGGAUUCAAAACCGAGGCCAAGGUCACUGAACAUCGUGUUCAGCGCAUUUACCAGAUAGGAGAAGAGGUCACAGAGAACCUCGCAGCGUUUCAGGAGCCAAGAAAACCACACUUUUGGCCAUCUAGCAAUCAUGGGCGAGAACAGCAAGCGAGUCCGGCAGCGAAGCCGUGAGUCUGUUACCCACGGCAAGUCUAGUCAGGUCUUGGAGGUUAAGCGUCCCAAACUUAGCACCAAUGUGCCUGUCGAUGUCAUCCAGCAACCUACCCCCCAGUCACCAAUGGGCUGGUCCAGCAUGAAGGACUUCCUCAUGACAGAGCUUAGGAGGGAGAUGGGACUUCCCCUGCACCGCCACCACUCUAAGGACAACGUCGACGAGAAGAGCGUCAACUUGGCCUGUCCCCUUUUUAUCAAAAACCCGGCAGCAUUCACUCAUGUCCGGAACUCCUGCACCGAUGGAAACAUUAAGGGUGGGAUCGGUAAAUUGAUCGAGCACAUCAAGCGAGUUCAUCUGAGAAGUGACAAGCAGUGCCAUCACUGUGGAGCCCGAUUCGGCUCAAAGCCAGCGGAAUCCAAGUCAUCACACUCGCGCAGCUGCACCAAGGUGUGGUCGCCUCACGAACCCCCAUUGCUCUCGGAAGACCAACAACGUGUUCUGGAGAGCAUUUCCGUGCGAGCAAGUGGACAAUCGCUCGACUACAAGUAUCGCCACAAGCUUCUGAUGAAGCUCUACCCCGGACAGGAGGACUGGGCGAAGAAAGUGGAGAUUUACCACGACGCUUAUUCUCCCUGUCUGUUGCCUACGCAGCUCAUGUUUGAUGCGAUGGAAAAGGCUGUGGACAGAUGGGAAAGGGGGUACGCCACACACUACGACUCUGACGGCAGCGAUGCCGACUCGGAGAGAUCCCGCGAGUACCGGAGACUCUCCGGAUCGAGCCCGAGUGCAUCCUCUACCGAUGCCUCAAGUGCCUAUCCUUCUGCGAGUUCCGGUGGAUAUAGCCGGACCGUCGGAAACGGCAACGGAUAUAGCUCGCAUCACACUUAUCACAACUCUGGCUACCAAGACCAGAGCUGGGGCAUGGACAACAUGUCUCUUGCUACAGACUCUACCCAACACGUUACAACUUCCAGAAUGACAUCCUCAUCACGCGAAUCGCGAAAGACCCGAUCAAAGAGUCGGCCCAUCGAGGCUGACUACGCGGGCAUGCAGCUCCCAACAGACUACCAGACUUACUCCCACUCUGGUACAGUGGACGACUUUGACGAACUCAACGCCGCAGGCUUUGAAGCAUUUGAGCCGGUCUUUGACGUCGUCUCAACUGUUCCAUCCGACUACCACUCUUACACCAUGGACACUGACCAAGUUCUCCCCUUCGACUACCCUACUCAAGGUCACUACUCAAAAGACACAAUCAACCCCAAGGAUAUACACAACACUCUGAUCGGAAUGGGAUCGGCGACGAUGCCGAGGUAUCUCAUGGAUAACGAAGAGGACUCUAGCAUCAUACUGCAGGAUACUCAGGAAUAUUUGGGCUUUGCUGGUCAAGCUAGGAGGUCUCAUAGAUAGGCCGGGCUUAGGUUUUGGUUACGACACUUACGACGAAAUGAUGCAUCAUGUCACGGAACUGACUAGGGUGGGCGUAAGGGCGAAAAGGGGUUCGUCUUUUACUAUGUAUGAGUGGCAAACUGGUGUUUUGCUAUCGUAAUCUCUACAUCUUUCUUCUUCAACUUCAUC